AGGGGGGCACAUUUCCAGUGAGCUUUACUCAGCCAUAUUAGCAUAAAUGCUCUGAUAAGGGAGAGUGCUUUCCGCUACUGACAUAUAUAAGGAAUAGUGUGGUCAACGCAAACACACACACACCCCUAUUCAUUCCAACCUGGGACAACAAGCCUCUGUCAUAAUGAUGUUCAAUGGGACUUGGAAAGUGGAAUACAGCAACAAUUAUGAGAAGUUCUUGGAAAAGAUGGGCUUUAACCUGAUAAAGAAGAAAUUAGGGGCCCAUGAUAAUCUGAAGAUUACCCUGCAGCAAACUGGUGAUAAAUUCCACGUGAAAGAGUCCAGCACCUUCCGCAACCUGGAACUUGACUUCACACUAGGGGUCCUCUUCGAAUACAGUCUACCUAAUGAUGUUAAAGUGUUCGGGUGCUGGAAUUUGGAGGAUGGCGUACUGAAGGGAAGCUUUACCCGCGAAGAUAACGGAAAAAUACUUAGGACGACCAGGAAGGUUAGCGGCGAUGAACUCGUGCAGAGCCUUUCCUACGAGGGCGUGGAAGCUGAGAGGAUUUUCAAGAAAAUCUAAAACGAGCUUGUCCAUAAGCAACUUAAUUAUCUUCCACGAUGAUUUCGUUUCACUCCUUGAUUAUUAGUCGGGAGAUUCGAGUAUUUUGGAUAUUCUGAAAAGUUACUGGUUGCUCAGAAAAUAAUGUUUAUACAAUGUUUUUUUUUUAUUUACAGUAGAUAUUUUUAUUUGUAAGGAAAUAAAGUCCUUUCAGAACUUUU